AUGCAGGACAAAAGCCAGGCGGAGGAUCCGUCCUCUCCGGGGUGGGAGACCGAUGAUGACUCCAGCACCACCGCAGAGUCAGAGUCACCACCCCGAAUCUGGAAGAGGCUAUGGCUAAAGCUAGAACUCGAUUUGGAGACGGAAGACAGGGGUGCUCUACCACCAGCCAUUGCCGCAGCAAUGAUUCAGUCGGACUCAGUCGCACAGAUCUAUACGACCCUCGCAUAUCUGGUUUCCAUCAUGGCCUUCUUCUCGUUUGCGACCCAGCCUCGAGCACGAUUCGUCCAGACUAUGACCUUGAAUAUCAUUGGGGUCUGUCUCGCUGCAGCUGUCAUGCUAUUGUCCAUCUAUUGUGCAGUCAAAUCCCGGGAGCAUUCAGGGGGUGGGGCACAACAGAAUUCUUCCAACACCGACGCCAAUGUCAGCUACAGCGCCUCAGCUAGCGCGAUAAUUGGGGUCUGGCUCUGUGUGUCCAUCUACCUCAUCAACGUGGGACGGGCGCUGCGUCCACAGUAUUCGGUGACCGGUACUAUCUUGAGCUUUUUUGUCAUUGUAGCCUCGGUCAACGCUACGCGAAUAUCACAGAUGUCGCAGGGCGAGAUAUUGAUCAAACACCUGAUUGGGGCAUUUCUGAUGGGAUUCGCCAUCGCAGUUGGCGUUUCGUUCUUCAUUUUUCCCCGAAGCCACCGCAAGCUUUGCUUUAAACUGACAGAUGAUUUUGUCGGCAAGCUCAAGGAGUCUCUAAAGGCUCAGGGUGCUUACAUGCGACGAAUGCGGCGCAAAAAUUUGGUCUUUACCUGUGUUCAAGAGACCAACGUUUCUACGGCGCGCAUGAGUCCCGAAGAGAUUAGGACCACGAAUUCUCCGGAAGCGCAACGGCUGAAGCUCAGCACUGCAAGCCUCUCUGCAACUUUUGGUCGCAUGCACACCGAACUACACUAUGCCAAAUCCGAAUUCGCCGUUGGUCACCUCGACGUGUACGACCUCAAAAAGAUUCGCGAGUUGCUCCAAUCCAUUCUAUUACCCAUGAACGGAAUGUCGACCUUGGUUGACAUAUUGAAAGAAGUGGCCAUCCGCGCAGUUGGUGCAGAAGACGACGAUGGUGAUCCAGAUGGUCUAGCUUUCGACGAUUUGCAGGCGGAGCGUAUCGCGUGGGCCGAGGUGAUGGACUCACUCGUGAGUUCCUUCGAGUCCUUGGCAGAGACUUUGGAGAUUGCGCUGGAUCAUGUCUACAUUCAAUUGCGAUUUGGACGAAGAAGGAAGCGGGCAGAAGAUGCAGAAAAGGGAAGGUCACGGCCAGACGACGCAGAUUUGGCAGCUCUCCUAAGCCGCAAACUCAAGGAGUUUGACUCGGCCCGUGCUGACACGUUACGAGGCUGGAGUCAAGCGGCCAAUGUUGAUCUACCCGUCGCAUUCAUGACAGACCCAGCAAGAGAUCCUCAGCCAACACUCACCGGACAUUUCGCAGGGCUUAGACACCACCGGAAGAAUCAACAACGAAUGUAUCUUGUCUUGUACAUCGAGUUCCUGACUUGGUCCACUGCGAAAGGUGUUCUUGACUUGGUGGUCUUUGCGGAUACGAAAUCCCAGGAAGCCACAAAAAGGGGGUCCAGGUUGAUUCUUCCGGGAAAGAGGCGAAUGAAAAAAUGGAUUCGGAAUAUGUGGAUUUCGGAGGACUCCAUCGCAGAUCCCACCAUCACAGGUCGUGAAGGGACUCGAACCAUUGUUCACCUGGGAGAAGCCUACAGAAAGCGAAAAGACCCCGAGCAUUUGCCAGCUGCCAGCUACCUAGAAGUCAUUGGCGACCACAUCCGCAGCACUUCGCACUUCUUCGCCUCUGAAGAAUCCGCUUUUGGAUUCCGGGCCGUCUGCGCGGUCAUGACUGUGGCAAUCAUUGCCUUCCUCCGCGACACCCAGACCUGGUUUCUCCAGCAGCGUGGACUAUGGGCUCUCAUCCUGGUUGCUAUUUCGCUGGCUCCGACAACAGGUGCUUCGGUGAUUGGGUUCCUAGGUCGGGUCGUCGGAACAAUAGCGGCCUGUUGCACCUCGAUUGCUCUGUGGUACAUCGCGGACGGAAAAGCCGGAGGGGUCAUCCCCGUUCUCUUCAUCGUCGAAUUCCUCGGAUUCUACACCAUCUUCAAGUAUCCACAGUUCUCGGUCGGCGCCAUUCUCUUCAACGUGACUAAUCUGCUGAUCGUGGGAUACGAACUCGAAGUUACGAAGCUGGGGAAAGCGACAGUGGCCUCGAACGGGCAACCAUAUUAUCCGAUCUAUCUUCUGGCACCCUACAGACUUGCAACUGUCCUGACUGGAACGUUCGUCGCGUUUAUCUGGUCAUAUUUUCCCUUUCCAGUGACCACCCACGGCAAACUACGGCGAGAUCUUGGGGCGGGGCUCUACCUCCUGGCGACUUACUACGCGACAGUUCACAGCACGGUCGAGAUGCGCCUCCGGGACGAUAUCUUGGAUCCCCGGAUCAAGAAGAGCCCGGCCUACCGAGUCGAAAAGGCACGGAACAAGGCAUUUGCAAAGACGGGCAUCCAGAUUUCAAAGCUCCAAGUCCUGGCCCGUGAAUGGGAGCCCACGAUCGGCGGCCGCUUCCCGAAGGAGACAUAUCACGACAUUAUCGCAUCGAUGCAAAUAAUCUUCAACUACAUCACGCUGAUCUCUUAUUCCACGCGCACCUUCUCUCCAUCGUCACCUCUAUUCUCGGCGUCCGCGCUCCCGUCGACCGACCGUCUAUCUCCCACCCUCUCUAACGAGUCUCAAACACUCCCAGGCACUGAGCAACCGUGGAUCCACAACUUCCGCCUCUUCAUGCGCGGCCUCCACAUAACGACGUACGACAUCACAUCGGUGCUCAGUCUCCUUUCCGCGAGCGUCACCAACGCACAGCCUCUCCCACCCCUCCUCAGAGUGCCGCAUCCGUACACCCUCGGACCGGACCUGCACAUUAUCGACCCCGACGUGCUGCGCAUCGAGCACGUCGCCGAGCCGUGCUACGCGGCCUUCGCCGUCUGCCAGGUCGCCAGCAGCCUGAUCAGCGAGGAACUGGAGCGCAUGAUUGGACUGGUCAAGACCCUCGUGGGCGAAGUCGACUUUAGCUUCCACAUUGAACAGAAGCCCGAGAGGGUGACGACGUGGCGUAGCAGGACUAAUACGUUUGGCACCAAGAAUGCAAAGGAGGGUGCGAGGGAGAAGAAGAGACAUGGCGUGUUAGGUUCACACGGCAAGGGUAAAGCAGAGUGA